AUGAGCAGAGUGACGAGAAGUGGACGCGUGUUUGCACCAUCGCCUCAGAAAAGGGUUGAAAUUCCGUUUGGUGAACAAGUGCCAGUGAGAAAUCCAGUUGUGCAUGUUGAACCGAGUUUUGUUGAAGGUCAGUCUAGUGGGACAAACACUGAUUCCAGUGAUGAUGAGAUUCUGAAGUUGAUCAAGAAGAGCAAAUACAAGGUUGUCAAUCAACUAUUGCAAACUCCUUCUAAGAUUUCUGUGCUUUCUUUGUUGGCGUAUUCUCCAGUGCAUAGGGAAGCCCUGAUGAGGAUUCUGGAUCAAGCCUUUGUCGACCAUGAUGUAACAAUCGACCAAUUUGGUGGGAUUGUGGGAAAUAUAACUGCUUGCAACAACUUGAGUUUUAGUGAUGAAGAGCUUCCUGGAGAAGGCAGAAAUCAUAACUUGGCAUUACACAUUUCAAUGAACUGCCAGUCAGAUGCUCUGUCUAAUGUAUUGGUGGACACUGCUUCGUCUUUGAACGUUAUGCCCAAAUCCACUUUAUCUAGGCUUACGUAUCAAAGCGCUUCAAUGAGAUACAGUGGGGUCAUUGUCAAGGCUUUUGAUGGGUCGAGAAAGAGUGUUAUCAGAGAAGUGGAUCUUCCAAUGAAGAUCGGCCCGCAUACCUUUCAAAUCAAAUUUCAGGUAAUGGAUAUUCAGGCUGCGUUUAGCUGCUUAUUGGGUCGCCCAUGGAUCCACCAGGCAGGGGCAGUUACCUCCAUACUCCAUCAGAAAUUGAAAUUCAUAAGUAAUGGAAAGUUGGUGACAGUGGAUGGAGAGCAGGCGCUAGUGGUCAGUCAUCUUUCAUCAUUUUCCUACAUCGAUGUUGAUGAAGCCAUUGGAACUCAAUUCCAGGCACUCUCUGUUGCUGACAAGAAUGUUGAAAAGAAUGGGACCUCUAUCUCUUCUUUGAAAGAUGCACGCCAAGUGGUUCAAGAUGGUUCUGCUAUAGGUUGGGGUCAAGUUUUGAGUCUACCCAAUAACACGUUUCGUGAAGGUCUUGGUUUUUCUCCUACGUCUACAAGAUAUAGUAAACAAGACAUUGUUACCCGCCGGAUGCAAGAGAUAUUUCACAGUGGGGGUUUUGAUCAUCCUACACCUCCUGAAGUAGAUGCUAUUAUUGAAAAUGACGCUGAAGAGGAUUCGUCAAGCUUCGUGGUGCAUGGAAUGGUUUUCCAGAAUUGGAGUGUUGUUGAUGUUCCGUCUGUAGUUCACAUUUCUAAGUAA